CUGAGAGCGGGGGAGCCCUACUCUAAAAGGGGACUAGGGAGUCUGUGGCUUGGGAACGGGGAGUCUUGAGAGAGUGACUUGGGUUGGUCGGAGUUGCAUGCAGGACCGGGGUUCCUGAGCACCCCCCUCCUGGGACAGACACGCGAGAUGCCACCCUCGCCAAGGAAAUCUAUCAAGGAGCGCGAGCUGUUCUCCCUGACCUCAUCUCUACCAUGUUGCUCGUGGCUGAAGGUAGUUCUGUGCAGCCACAUGCGCAAUCUAUGGAUGGUGCUCAUGGCCCUCACUGUGCUCUGUGUGGCCAUCCAGAUCCUAGGAGUCGUCUGGCAAUCCAGGAACGAUAAGAUGUUAAGCGAGAAGCUCCUGAAUGUGCAGUUCACCAUCAAGAUCCAGAGAACGCUCCCGACAGAGCAGAGGGACUGGGUGCGCUUGCGCUCUUCGCACGCCCCUGUCGUAGAAGAGGAAAUGAGGUCACAGGAGGAAGGAGCUCUUAAACAACGGGCCAAAGGGAACCAGAAGGUAGCAGAACAUCAACAUAGUAGAGAUGAGCCAGGGGUGGAGAGGCGUGUCCAGAAGCAUCACCAACAUCUAAAGCUCUCAUACACUGUCAAUAAGGUCAAAGACUCUAGGAAAGAGGCAAGGGGUAAAGUUUCAGCAGUAAAGGCAGCCCUGCCCAAAGUCACACUGGGUGAUGAUGAGUUGCAUUUGGGGGUUCCUGGGUCUGUAGUUCUCCAGCUGGGCCACCCACCUAUCAAAGUGGUAUCCACCUUACCUUACAAACCUCCCGAACUCCCCUCAGCCAAUCUACUGAAGAGUAGAAACAGCCCCGCCCCUUUAGGCACCAACUCUGUAGUUGCCGGGGUGAUAAAUGAGGUGAAAUCGGAGAUAGCCAGCGCCACCUGUCGGCCGAAGAACCACAUUGUCUUUCUCAAGACGCACAAAACGGCCAGCAGCACCAUCCUGAACAUUUUAUAUCGUUAUGGCGACAGCCGCAAUCUGACCUUCGCCCUUCCACUGAACAAGCACAGCCAGCUGUUCUAUCCCUUCUUCUUCGCCUCACACUUUGUGGAGGGAGUGAGGAGCCGCAGUGUCAAAGAGUUCAACAUCAUGUGCAACCACAUGAGGUUCAGACCAGCAGAGGUGAGGAAAGUGAUGCCCCAGGACACGUUCUACUUCUCCAUCCUGAAGAACCCCGUUGCCAUGAUGGAGUCCAUCUUCAUCUACUACAAGAGCAUCCCCGCCUUCCACAAGGCCCGCAGCCUGGACGACUUCCUUGACAAUGGUUGGCGUGGUUACAACACCUCCCUGCCCAACAACCAUUAUGCCCGUAACAUCCUGACCUUUGACUUUGGCUUCGACAACAACGUCGCAACAGAGACGCCCGGAGACCUGGAGACGCGGGGCGCCAAAGCCAUUGGCGCCAUCGAGCAGGACUUCCACCUCAUCCUCAUCUCAGAGUACUUUGACGAGUCCAUGAUCCUGCUCAAGCGCGCCCUCUGCUGGUCUCUGGACGAUGUCGUCUCCUUUAAGUUGAACAGCCGAAGCGAGCGCACACGGCACAUGCUCUCCCCGCACACCGCCGACAAGAUCAGAGCCUGGAAUGCCCUUGACUGGCAGCUCUACCUGCACUUUAACAUCACCUUCUGGCGACGCGUGGACACUACUGUGGGGCGUGAGGAGAUGAGGCGGGAGGUGACUCGGCUGCAGGAGCGACGUGCCGAACUAGCCAAUAUCUGCCUGAAGGAUGGUGGUGCAGUGGACCCGUCGCAGGUGAAGGACGCCGGGCUGAAGCCCUUCCAGUACGGGGCGGCCAUCAUCCAGGGCUACAACCUGAACCCUGGGCUGGUCGGGCCCACCAAAACACACUGUCAGAACCUGGUCACUCCAGAGCUGCAGUACACAGACACUCUCUACACCAAGCAGUUCCCUGAGCUUGCCGCCAGGCAGAGACAGGCUGCCAAACUGGCCGCCUCACAGCGUCAGCCUAGUUCAGUUAAGGUCAACCCGAACAAAGUAGCCAUGAUUGGGCCGGUGAGGGUGAGAGAGGCCCGACACAGUAGGACAGACAGGAGUGGACAUAGAAACCCUCACGCUCAGAAACAAAAUGACCUCCCCUUAAGUGCCCUGUCUAAAAUCACUGCAGCUAGAAGUGACAGAAACAUGCCUUAAGGGGGAGCUCUUUCAACACAGACUGGGGACUAGUGGGACGAUCCACAGGAGCUCAUUGCUGCUGUGUACUGGGGUCUUUUUAAGCUGAACAGCCAAUGGCUAUGUUUUGUCUGUACAGUGAGGUCCUUUCGCUGCACAUUAUGCUCACUCUGGCUGGUUGCAGUGCACAGGGCCAGUUGGCUGACUUUGGCGGCACUAGGAUAAGCUCUAGUGUUUCUGCCCAACGAUGCUGGACCUGUGUGGGUGGAGGGGAUGGAGUUGGGGGACGAAGAGAAGGAAGAGUAGGAAGGAGAAGGAGAGUGCACCUGGGGUGACUGUCCUGCCUUGACUGGUUGGACUGAAAGUAGCCUUUUGUGGCACACAUCUCCUAAACCCUCUCAUCUAAUAUUUCCCCUUGAUCUUGUUACACACUGAGGUUUACAAUUUGAACCCUUGGGGUGUAUAGUCGUGACCAAAAGUUUUGAGAAUGACACAAAUAUUAAUUUUCACAAAGUCUGCUGCCUCAGUUUGAAUGAUGUCAAUUUGCAUAUACUCCAGAAUGUCAUGAAGAGUGAUCAGAUGAAUUGCAAUCAUUUGCAAAGUCUCUCUUUGCCAUGCAAAUGAACUGAAUACCCCCAAAAACAUGUGCACUGCAUUUCAGCCCUGCCACAAAAGGACCAGCUGACAUCAUGUCAGUGAUUCUCUCGUUAACACAGGUGUGAGUGUUGACGAGGACAAGGCUGGAGAUCACUCUGUCAUGCUGUUUGAGUUCGAAUAACAGACUGGAAACUUCAAAAGGAGGGUGGUGCUUGGAAUCAUUGUUCUUCCUCUGUCAAUCAUGGUUACCUGCAAGGAAACACGUGCCAUCAUCAUUGAUUUGCACAAAAAGGGCUUCACAGGCAAGGAUAUUGCUGCCAGUAAGAUUGCACCUAAAUCAACCAUUUAUCGGAUCAUCAAAAACUUCAAGGAGAGCGGUUCAAUUGUUGUGAAGAAGGCUUCAGGGCGCCCAAGAAAGUCCAGCAAGUGCCAGGACCGUCUCCUAAAGUUGAUUCAGCAGCGGGAUCGGGGCACCACCAGUACAGAGCUUGCUCAGGAAUGGCAGCAGGCAGGUGUGAGUGCAUCUGCACGCACAGUGAGGCGAAGACUUUUGGAGGAUGGCCUGGUGUCAAGAAGGGCAGCAAAGAAGCCACUUCUCUCCAGGAAAAACAUCAUGGACAGACUGAUAUUCUGCAAAAGGUACAGGGAUUGGACUGCUGAGGACUGGGGUAAAGUCAUUGUCUCUGAUGAAUCCCCUUUCCGAUUGUUUGGGGCAUCCGGAAAAAAGCUUGUCCGGAGAAGACAAGGUGAGCGCUACCAUCAGUCCUGUGUCAUACCAACAGUAAAGCAUCCUGAGACCAUUCAUUUGUGGGGUUGCUUCUCAGCCAAGGGAGUGGGCUCACUCACAAUUUUGCCUAAGAACACAGCCAUGAAUAAAGAAUGGUACCAACACAUCCUCCGAGAGCAACUUCUCCCAACCAUCCAGGAACAGUUUGGUGAUGAACAAUACCUUUUCCAGCAUGAUGGAGCACCUUGCCAUAAGGCAAAAUUGAUAACUAAGUGGCUCGGGGAACAAAACUUCGAUAUUUUGGGUCCAUGGCCAGGAAACUCCCCAAACCUUAAUCCCAUUGAGAACUUGUGGUCAAUCCUCAAGAGGCGGGUGGACAAACAAAAAUCCACAAAUUCUGACAAACUCCAAGCAUUGAUUAUGCAAGAAUGGGCUGCCAUCAGUCAGGAUGUAGCCCAGAAGUUAAUUGACAGCAUGCCAGGGCGGAUUGCAGAGGCCUUGAAAAAGAAGGGUCAACACUGCAAAUAUUGACUCUUUGCAUCAACUUAAUGUAAUUGUCAAUAAAAGCCUUUGACACUUAUGAAAUGCUUGUAUUUAUACUUCAGUAUUCCAUAGUAACAUCUAACAAAAAAUAUCUAAAGACACUGAAGCAGCACACUUUGUGGAAAUUAAUAUUUGUGUCAUUCUCAAAACGUUUGGCCACGACUGUACUAUGGUUUGAAUGGGACAUACUUGGUACCAUUGAUUGGGGUUGGGUAAGACCUGCAAAACAGUCUGUCUGCUAACACCAAAAGACAAGCAAAUACCUCCACUUUACCAUGUGGUCUCUCAUUUAGACAGGAAAUAUCUCAGGUCUCAUUUCUCUGAGUUGAUCUAAACUUUACUCGGAGAUAAGGUGGCUCAAUUUGGAGAUGAAUAAAAUACAUGAUAGUAUGGUAAACAUGUAGACAUCAGAGGAGGCUGGUGAGGGGAGCUAUAGGAGGAGAACGAGCUCAUUGUAAUGGCUGGAAUGGAAUCAAUGGAAUGGUUCCAAACACAUCAAACUCAUGAAAACAACGUGUUUGACUCUGUUGCAUUGAUUCAAUUCCAGCCAUUUGAAUGAGCCCACUUUCUCCUAUAGCUCCUCCCACCAGCCUCCUCUGGUAGAGAUGUAAGGGAAAUUGGUUUUCGUCAAGAUGUAGUAAUAGAAAUACAAUUCCAGAAUGUUUAACUUAAGAGCACAUCUCAGCUCUUCCGAUACCACCAAAAGAGAGAAAGAGCUUGUAACAUUCUGUAAUAAUAUAUUUGUACAUAAACUCAAAUGCAGAAAGUUCCUAGAAUUGUAUCAUCCUUUUAGGUUAGUAACUGAGAGAGAUUCAGUUAUUAAAAGUAAUUCAGUAACUGAGAGAGAUUGAGUUACUGAAGUUAUUCAGUAACUGAAAGAUAUUCAGUAGGCCACUAUGGGGAAAAAAUUCACUUACCAAGACGUAGCAAUGGAGCUCUCGAUUCUCACCGAGAUGGGAAUCACAUUAAAAUAUUGUAUUUCUUAGAAGACCAAAUGAUUAGUCUCUUUAAAUGAAAGUGUGCUUUUACAGUUUUUUACAAUCACUUUGACACUUGCUUGGAUACAGUACACAUAAAGCUAAGAUCAUUUGUUCAUUGAACUAAAAUCACCUGUUCAAAAUGACACAACUUAACAUCAAAGUAUUACCACUUCAAAAUGCAAUUCACACAUUACAUCUGAAAUGACUGUCUAUUAAUUUCAUUACAAUGUUCUAACUAUCAAUUGAUACAACUGAUCAAAAUUAUAAGUAACUGUUGCAUUACUCUUAAUGCAUAGAUUUAUGGAAACUGACAAACAAUAUUCCAUGUUUAGAUCAUGAACGUUUCAGGAUAACGAGAUCCAUUGACACCAAUUACCGUGGAACAUGAACCAACUGGACUACAUUAUCUAUGGAUGUAAUAUUUAAUCAUCAUUCUUUAUCAGACACCGUUUCUAUGGUCCCAUGUACCACUUUUCCAGACCAUGUUUUCAGAUUUGACAUUAUUGUACACUCUCCGGCCACUCACCGGCCACUACUGGGUAGGACCCCCUUUUGCCUCCACAACAGCCUGAAUUAUUCACGGUGUUGUACGAUGCCCUUCUGCACCACUGUUUUAAACAGCUGUUAUUUGAGCAUUUGUGGCCUUUCUCUUAAAUGAGUCUGGACAUUCUCCUCUGACCUCUCUCGUUAACAAGGUGUUUUGCCCACAGAACUGCCGCUCAGUGAAUGUGUUUUGUUUAUCACACCAUUCUCUGUAAACUCUAGAGACUGUAGUGCAUAAAAAUCCCAGGAAGGCAGCUGUUUCUGAGAUGCUGGAAUCACCAUGUGUGGCAUCAACAAUCAUACCCACAGCCAGUUGCUUUGAUUACGCAUCUUGCUAGUUCUAAUGUUAGGUCGAACAACAACUUAAGCUCUCUACUCUAUAUACUAUAUAUAUUGAGUUGCAGGCAGCCACCUGAUUCACUGUUCGAAUGUAACCUUCCUUGAUGAGCUAAAUCAGGUCUGUAGAGCUGAGGGCAUGACCUAUGUCCUUGCGUGGGAUAAUGUCAGGUUGCACCAUGCUCAAAUGGUUUCAGGCCCAUCCACAAUUCACCACACUGUACUUACCCCCAUACUCUCCUUUCCUUAACCCGAUUGAGGAAUUUUUCUCCACACGGAGGUGGAAGGUAUGUGAUAGGCACCCUCACGAACAAGCCACCCUUCUCCAGGCCAUGGAUGACGCAUGCAAUGACAUCACGGAAGACUAGUGUCAGGCCUGGAUUCGCCAUGCCCAAAGAUUCUUCCCAAGAUGUUUGGCUAAUGAAAACAUCCAUUGUGAUGUGGAUGAGAACCUGUGGCCAAAUCCACAAGACAGUGUUGAUGGAAAUAUAGAAGUACAGUAAUCAAUCCUUUGUUUUGCUUUUUACAGUAAGCCAGGUGAGGAACACUGCAGUUGAUGUUUUACAGUAAGCCAGGUGAGAAACACUGCAGUUGACUUUUAACUGUUUUUUCUUUUUUUGUAGCAAAUCAUUUUUGCUUUGAUUCAAAGAAACCUAUGUUGUGAUUUUAUUGUAUUUCAUCAAUAAAUGUCAUAUUUUGUUCAGUGUCUGUAGUAUUCUCUCUACUAGUCCUUUUACAGUGAUGUUUUUACGUGUAGUAGCAUAAUGAAACAUGUAUCACAUAUUUUGUACGACAAUAUUUCAUGAUUGUACGAACAACUACACAGUGGAACUAUCGGUAUCUUGUGUGUGGGUGAUCUAAAUGAAUGUUCCUAUGGUAUUUCUUGAUAAGUGAGUUAUUCGAACCUAUGAUUCUGCAAGUGCAAGGUUUCUUUUGAAGAUAUGAAUGCACAAUGCAAUGUUUUGAACAUUGGACAGCCUGUGCUACAAGUGAUGACCGUUUUGAGUUUUGUGUCUAGAGUUUUGAAAAAUGACCACAAGGUUCUGAAUUUAGUGCCAAUGGAAUUGUAAAAAACUGUAAAUCAUACUGCACUUUAGAGUAAAUAUAAAUGAGUUGUAAAGAAUUGAUCGUCAAAUGGAAAUGUAGAUUUUGUAUUUAGAGAUGAUUUUGUGAUGUGAUUCCUUACAUCACAAUACUUUAAAAUUGUCUGUUAUGUACAGUGCCUUUGGAAAGUAGUCAGACCAAAUUUACUUUUUCCAAAUGUUGUUACGUUACAGUCUUAUUCUAAAAGUGAUUAUAUAAAAAGCAAAAAAGGUUUUUAGAAAUUUUACAAAAUGUAUUACAAAUAGAAAACAGAAAUACCUUUUUUACAUAAGUAUUCAGACCCAUUGCUAUGAGACUCAAAAUUGAGUUCAGGUGCAUUCUGUUAACGAUCAUCCUUGAGAUUUUUCUACAAAUUGAUUGGAGUCCACCUGUGGUAAAUUCAAUUGAUCGGACAUGAUUUGGAAAGGCACACACCUGUCUAUAUGCGGUCCCACAGUUGACAGUGCAGAUCACAAAAAUAACCAAGCGAUGAGGUCGAAGGAAUUGUCAGUAGAGCUCCAAGACAGGAUUAAGUCGAGGCACAGAUCUGGGAAGAUUACCAAAAAAUGUCUGCUGCAUUGAAGGCCCCAAGAACACAGUUCCCUCCAUCAUUCUUAAAUGGAAGAAGUUUGGAACCACCAAGACUCUUCCUGGAGCUGGCCGCCCGGCCAAACUGAGCAAUUGGGGGAGAAGGGCCUUGGUCAGGGAGGUGACCAAGAACCCAAUGGUUACUCUGAGAGAGCUCUAGAGUUCCUCUGUGGAGAUGGAAAAACCUUCCAGAAGGACAACCAUCUCUGCAGUACUCCAACAAUCAGGCCUAUAUGAUAGAGUGGCCAGACGGAAGCCACCCCUCAGUAAAAGGCACAUGACAGCCCGCUUGGAGUUUGCCAAAAGGCACCUAAAGACUCUCAGACCAUGAGAAACAAUAUUCUCUGGUCUGAUGAAACCAAGAUUGAACUCUUUGGCCUGAAUGCAAAGCAUCACGUCUGGAGGAGACCUGGCACCAUCCCUAUGGUGAGGCAUGGUGGUGGCAGCAUCAUGCUGUGGGGAUGUUUUUCAGCGGCAGGGACCGGGAGGCUAGUCAGGAUCGAGGCAAAGUUGAACAGAGCAAAGUACAGAGAGAUCCUUGAUGAAAAUCUGCUCCAGAGCGCUCAGGACCUCAGACCUGGGCAAUGGUUCACCUUCCAACAGGACAACGACCCUAAGCACACAGCCAAGACAAUGCAGGUUCUGAAUGUCCUUGAGUGGCCCAGCCAGAGCCUGUACUUGAACCCAAUCAAACCUAUCUGGAGAGACCUGAAAAUAGCUGUGCAGCAACGCACCCCAUCCAACCUGACAGAGCUUGAGAGGAUCUGCAGAGAAGAAUGGAAGAAACUCCUCAAAACAGGGGUGUCAAGCUUGUAGCGUCAUACCCAAGAAGACUCAAGGCUGUAAUCACUGCCAAAGGUGCUUCAACAAAGUACUCAGUGGAGGGUCUGAAAACUUAUGUAAAUGUGGUAUUUCAGUUUUUUUAUAUAAAAAAUUAGCAACAAUUUCUAAAAAACUGUUUUGCUUUGUCAUUAUAGGGUAUUGUGAGUAGAUUAAUCAGGGGAAAAAACGAUUUAAACAAUUUUAGAAUAAGGCUGUAAUGUAACAAAAUGUGGAAAAAGUCAAUGGGUCUGAAUACUUUCCGUAUGCACUGUACGUUGAUUUUUCUCAUUGUUGUGAGCAGUGAUGUUGCCACUGACUCGGUAAGCACAGAUUUCAAAAUUGAAAUGGUCAAAUUAAAGGUUGAUGUAUUAUAA